AAUGUUUCAUGGGCAUUUUGGAAAGGCAUAUAUACCAAUUAGCUUUACUUCCUGAAUAAUUAUAUUGAGAGCUUUUACAGCCUUACUUUAUUCAUCAAAUUAAUCCUAUGGUGGACUGAAAGCCACUAUAAUGCUCCCUGUCUAUCAUACAUAGUGAUACUGUAUCAAUGGUGAUAGCUCCCUUCUUCAAGCAAGUCUUCUAUCUAAAUUCUUUAAGUUAUAUGGGGGGAAGGCAAAGGUUCUUCCUGACACUUCUGUUUUUUAAAAGUAAUCAGCCUAAAAUAAUCUACAUGCCAUUUGGGAUGGCAAAUUUUGCUGCCCUACAGAGUCUGGGUUUUUGUUUGUUUGUUUGUUUUUCAUUUGUUUGUUUGUUUUGAAUCAAUAUAUUGAGAGGAGUGAUUCUUCUUCUCCUUGGAUGUUUCCUUACAGGAACUAAUGCAGUCAAAAUUUAGGGCCAAUAGAACAGCCAUUACUGAAUUCAUCCUGCUGGGCUUGGUGGAGACACCAGGGCUACGACCAGUUGUCUUUGUAGUCUUCUUCUUUGCCUACCUGGUCACAGUCGGAGGCAACCUCAGCAUCCUGGCUGCCAUCUUCAUAGAGCCUAAACUCCACACCCCCAUGUACUUCUUCCUAGGCAACCUAUCAGUGCUGGAUGUUGGGUGCAUCACCGUCACUGUUCCCUCGAUGUUGGCUCGUCUCCUGUCCAACAAGCGUACAAUUCCCUAUGGAGCCUGCCUCAUACAACUUUUCUUUUUCCAUCUCUUGGUUGGGGUAGACUGCUUCCUGCUGACAGCCAUGGCCUAUGACCGAUUCCUGGCCAUCUGCCAGCCCCUAACCUACAGCACCAGAAUGAGCCAGACAGUCCAGAGAAUAUUGGUAGCUGUGUCCUGGGCUUUAGCCUUCACCAAUGCACUGACCCACACAGUAGCCAUAGCCACACUCAACUUCUGUGGUCCCAAUGUGAUCAAUCACUUCUAUUGUGACCUCCCACAGCUCUUUCAGCUCUCCUGCUCUAGCACCCAACUCAAUGAGCUGCUGCUCUUUGCUGUGGGUUUCAUAAUGGCAGGUACCCCCUUGGCUCUCAUCAUCACCUCCUAUGCCCAUGUGGCAGCUGCAGUCCUACGAAUCCGCUCUACUGAGGGCAGGAAGAAAGCCUUCUCCACAUGUGGCUCUCAUCUCACUGUGGUUGCCAUAUUCUAUGGUUCAGGUAUAUUUAAUUACAUGCGACUGGGUUCAGCCAAGCUUUCGGACAAGGAUAAAGGAGUCGGGGUCUUCAAUACUGUUAUCAACCCUAUGCUGAAUCCAAUCAUCUACAGCCUCAGGAAUCCUGAUGUACAGGGUGCCCUCUGGCGGGUGCUCAAGGGGACGCCAUCACUAGCUUGACAAGGUCUUGAGUUCUGGAAUGUCACUCCCUUAUUUUCUUUUUCUGAACUGAAAGAGAAAUACUCUAAAGCCAGUAACUAAGACAAAUGGUCCUUAAUUGCUUCUGCCUUCCAGCAAAACAUGAGGUUUUUUUGUUAGGUAUAAUAGUUAACUGAGGCCAUGCCCCAGUUAUAGACAGUAGGUGUAUUAAGCUCUGCUAAGGGCAGCCCCUCUGACAAAUUACAACUUCAGUUGCCACAUGCUACCUUUUCUGUGUAGAAGUGGAACCUCAGAGCUUUGACUAUUACAGGUUCAUAUCCCACAGGAAGGGUAUAGUCUGGGCUCCCAAAAAUAUCCAAUAAAAAUCUCCCCCACCCCUCCCACUAGUAGGUCAUAUGAUUCCCUCAAUUUCAGGUAGGGGUGGUCUGGUUAUAAAACAUGGGCCUUGGGGUGCCUGGGUGGCUCAGUGGGUUAAG